GGGAAUGGGAUGAACAAGAUUCUCCCUGGCUUGUUCCUUGGAAAUUUUAAAGAUGCUCGUGAUGCUGAACAACUGAAACGGAACAACAUUACACACAUUCUUUCAAUUCAUGACAGUGCCAGGCCUAUGCUUGAGGGAGUGAAGUAUCUGUGCAUCCCUGCUGCCGAUUCACCCACACAGAAUUUAGCCAGACACUUCAAAGAAAGUAUUGAAUUUAUCCACAAGUGCCGGCUUAGAGGUGAAAGCUGUCUUGUCCACUGCCUUGCUGGUGUUUCCAGAAGUGCCACAUUGGUUGUGGCCUACAUCAUGACUAUCACUGACUUUGGCUGGGAGGAUGCAUUGUCUGUUGUGCGCGUAUCGAGAUCAUGUGCCAAUCCUAACACUGGAUUCCAGCGGCAGCUAGAGGAGUUUGAGAAAAAUGAUGUUGUUCAUUUUAGAGAAUGGCUCAGAGCAGAGUACGGCGAGAGCUCUUUCCAAGAUGAACAAAAGGCCCAGGAGCUCCUGCAGAAGUACAAGAUGCACACAGCUGUGCAGCUGAAUCCCUCAGGAAGGCAGUGGAAUGAUAACUUUUAAUCAGUGGCCUCCUUGUCAAUGAUGGCUCCUGAGUAUGAAAACACAGAUCUAUAUAUAUUUUUUAAAAUCCAUUAA